UGACAAGAACCGAGUGCAGUGUUUGACCAACGGCAGCCACAUUUCAUCAACAUAGACGACAUAUUGGAAGACAUCAGGAAAUCUGCAGUGUCCACCGACGUCAAUCACGAAGAAGUGCGCGAUGUCAAGAUUUGUAUGAGAGCAAGAAGUCUAUAAGAAGCCGUCUCUUCCCACUCAGUACAGUUCUUCAUCCAGCAAUCAAAUAGUAUCUUCUAACCAGCACUUUCCAACACUAUCACUCUCGAGCCCCAAAGCCUCAAAAAUCAACCGCAAACAUGCAGUUCUCCAUCAUCGCCGCCUCCCUCUUCGCCUCUAUGGCCGCUGCUCUUCCAACCAACGAGCCAACCACCACUCCGACCCAGUGCUCCAACGGCGGCACUGUCUACUGCUGUACUCAGGACCCAGCCAAGAUCGCUCUCCUCGAUCUCAAGAUCCUGACCUGCACCGUGAACAAUGUCCUGGGCAACUGCAACAACCAGGUCUGCUGCGUCAAUGCUGGCUCUGGCUCCCAGACUUGCUCCACUACUAGCGGUGUCAAUAUUGCCAUCCCUGUCACCAUCGGACCCCUCAUCUAAGUUCGUGCACCGCUAUUGUUAUGGAGGGAUAGGAAGCAUGAACACGCAAUAACAGUCAACACAAACACUCAUUGUCAUCUUGGCGUUCCUGUUUGGAUUGGAUAGGUACCUCCUGUUUUAGUUUCGUCGAUACGGUAGUAGCCAAUUGGUAGUCCAA